AUGGAAAGUGUAGUUGACGAUCAAGAAAAUUUAAAAGAAUUCCUGGAGGAAGCUGAACUUCAUCAGUACUUUGAAUUGUUUCGAGAAAUACUUAAAGUUACAAAAUUGUCGCAGUUAAAGUUUGUUGUAACAGAAGAUUUAGUACAAAUUGGCCUUUCAAAACCUGAGCAGAGACGAUAUAAGAAAAUAUAUUCAAAAUACUUCCCAAAUCCUUAUAUAUCAAAGAUCAAAAAAUUAUUAACAACAAACAAAAAGAAUGAAGCGUUUUCCAUCGGUCAUAACUCUAUACCAAUUGAAUUUCAACCUUUCUCUGAAAAUAAUGUUAAAGUACCUACCAAACAUAUUAUAUCUAUUGAGGAUAUAACUAUAAAUAAAGAGUUAGGCAUGGGACAAUUUGGUGUUGUACAACAAGGCACUUGGACUACUGGAAAUCAAAGGUUGCAAGUGGCUAUAAAAUGCUUGGGUCAUGAACGUAUGACUUCAAACUCCACUGAAUUCUUGAAGGAAGCUGCUGUUAUGCACAGCAUUGAGCACCCGAACAUUGUACGAUUAUAUGGUGUUGUUUUACACUUAGACUCGUUAAUGCUGGUUACAGAGCUUGCACCAUUACGUUCUCUCCUGGAAUGCCUUCGUGAGGUGUCACUACGUACGAACUUCCCAGUGCCAAACCUUUGCGAAUUCGCGCAACAAAUCUGUGAUGGUAUGACUUAUUUAGAAAACAAAAGACUGAUUCAUAGGGACUUAGCAGCAAGGAAUAUCUUAGUGUUUAGUAAGGAUAGAGUUAAAAUAUCUGAUUUUGGGCUUUCGCGUGCUCUGGGUGUAGGGAAAGAUUAUUACCAAACUAAUUACAACGUGAAUCUCAAACUACCUGUCGCCUGGUGUGCGCCAGAAUGCAUCCUAUACCUUCGUUUCACGUCCGCCAGUGACGUCUGGGCUUUCGGAGUUUGUCUCUGGGAAAUGUUUACUUACGGCUUCCAGCCUUGGGCAGCUUUCUCUGGACAGCAAAUUCUGGAAGCGAUAGAUGCUCCAAACUUUCAAAGACUAGAGCGGCCGGAAUGUUGCCCUGAUGAAUACUACUCAACAAUGCUGGAGUGUUGGUCGCACGAUCCUAACGAUCGGCCGAAGUUUAAGGAUCUUGGACCGAAAUUACGAGAUAUUCAACCCGAACAGGUUCAAGCUAUUGUAAACUCCCAGAAGUCAGAAGAAGGGAGACGAAGUAACUUUCUUGAAUUUAAAAUGGGACAAAUAAUAACAGUGCUCGGAAAAGAAACUAUGACUAAAUCGUCGUUGUGGUAUGGAGUUUUACCGGGAGGCACCUGCGGUAUGUUCGAUCCCAAUCAUACGAAGCCCUACGUUAGAUCAGAGAGAAGCACACACGUGCCCGGUUCGCUAUCACCGCAUCCGAUUCGCAAUUCCACCCGCACUCGACCGUCCAUCUUGCGGUCAGACGUGAAGCGGCAUACGUAUACGGGCAAACGAACGAUACAGCGGAGCAUGAUAUCUAGCCCUCAAGGCGACGUCAAGCACACCGGCCACGUUGGCCUCGACGGUGCCUACUUCGGCGACAUAUCCUUCCUCGAUCCUGCGGGCUGUCCGCCAAAGCAGAUCGUUACGCCCUACAAGCCGUCUGAAGACUUAGAACAAGUGCCUCUUUUGAAUCCGAACUCUCCGUCACACCUCACCGGCGCAUCGUGCACGCCUCCGUAUCCGCUUCUAACAUCAACGCGUUCGGAUAUGAAGAAUAAUUGCGAUGAAGUCGAUUUGGCUUACAAUGAUACCAAAUUGAAAAACCUAAAGAAAACUCAUUUAAAAUCUGUCUCUGAACCAACUACCAGCAAGAGCAUUAUGAAUAAGGUGAAAAAUGCGACACUCGGUCGGUCGCAUAAAAAUGACGACGGCUUCCACGGUACCACGGCAAAGGGUGACGAAGUCCACGAGUAUCACGAGAUAUCUGACACGGAUACGGAAAGCAUGGCAGCCGAUCUCAUGAGGGGCGAAAAUUUUGUAUUGCCUGAUAGUCCUGGAAUUUCGAAGGGUUACACGGACUUCAGUCAGAGUUUGCUGGAUGAAAUGGAAUCUAUGUUCCGAAGCCUCGAUGACAGGAAAAGAGAUGAUCCUUCGAGCAAACAACAUUAUGAUAUCGACAACGCUAUAAGAUCUUAUACGCUGAAUAAGGCUGAGAAGAAAAGAAGCUUCAACACCGGCACUAUGAAACUAAUGUCCGCGCACGACGAGAAGACCCUAGACACGGCUGUAGCACUUGCUAAUGAAAUAACUACAAAAUCAAUGAACGAUCUCGACACCGACCAAAAGUUGCCAAGUUCGCCGAGUGAUCGUUCCAAAUUCCACUUUAAAUUUCCACUGGUCUCUCUACAUCACAACGCUGCUCACGAGUCUGAAGCUGGAAAACACGAAAGGCGAAAUUUUAGUGAAGAAGCAAAUAGUGUUCCGGACAUACAGUCGACGAUAACGGAAGAGAGCAAAAUGGCUUACGCAAGUCUUAUCGAGGAUCCAAUGCCGUCGACUUCUCUUGUAUCACAAAUCUCCGAGAUGGCACAUAAGCCCGCCACCAUUCCUAAGCCGGCGCCGCGGCUUAUUGAUUCAAGAGCCAAUUUCCUUUCGCUGCAAAAACAGUUCUCUCAUAGGAAUAGAACAUUAUCAUGCAGCGAAUCCGAACAUCAGAAAACGAAUGCUGAAAAUAAUAAGAACGAGCUACCUCUGCCACCGCGGACAUCCAAACCGAAGUUAAUCGAUAAACCGAGACACAUACGAAAAUAUCCCCUGAAACUUCCCAAUUCUGACACAGGCACUACAAAAACGACCAACAGCGAACAAAACGGUCGUCAUAUCAUAUAUCAGAAUGCGAUUACUUGCUCCAUGAAGGAAAGAAACGGACAAAGCGAAACAGAUGAUGGCUUAGAAAAAAAUGGGGUUGACGUUUGUGACGGUGUAGAAAAAGUUAAAAUAGAUACGAACCCAUUCAAUCGUUACCUGGAGUCUAUCGGUAGCGAUUACGAGUGUGAGAGUGCCAAAGAGGGGGAGCAACACAUUGAAGAUGGAUCUCUGGUCAAAGAUCAUGUUUCGGUGGAAGAUUUAUUGGAGUUUGCGGAUCAGAAACCUUGCGGCAGGCAGCGCGGCGUGGAAUCCGAUGAAGUCAGAAUCAUGAACAAAGUGCUUAAGCAACAGGCAACACCAGAAGCAUGUCUCGAAGCUUUGGAGCUGAGCGAUUGGAAUGUACAUCACGCUAUCAAAGUAAUCAGAGUGAAGCUAUCAGUCGCCGAGGAGGUUAGCGUCACUUUGGAAGACUGCAGUCGAGAGCUCACCAACGCUGACGGUGAUGUUGUGAAGGCCUCAGCUGUACUCAUGAUGUACAAACAUAACAAUAUUUAA